AUGGGGGGGAGACUCGCGGCCGACGGGGGGGGAGACUCGCGGCCGACGGGGGGGGAGACUCGCGGCCGACGGGGGGAGACUCGCGGCCGACGGGGGGGGAGACUCGCGGCCGACGGGGGGGGAGACUCGCGGCCGACGGGGGGGAGACUCGCGGCCGACGGGGGGGGAGACUCGCGGCCGACGGGGGGGGAGACUCGCGGCCGACGGGGGGGGAGACUCGCGGCCGACGGGGGGAGACUCGCGGCCGACGGGGGGGGAGACUCGCGGCCGACGGGGGGGGAGACUCGCGGCCGACGGGGGGGGGAGACUCACGGCCGACGGGGGGGGGGGGACUCGCGGCCGACGGGGGGGGGGAGACUCGCGGCCGACGGGGGGGGGGAGACUCGCGGCCGACGGGGGGGGGGAGACUCGCGGCCGACGGGGGGGGGAGACUCGCGGCCGACGGGGGGGAGACUCGCGGCCGACGGGGGGGGGGAGACUCGCGGCCGACGGGGGGGGGAGACUCGCGGCCGACGGGGGGGGAGACUCGCGGCCGACGGGGGGGGGAGACUCGCGGCCGACGGGGGGGGAGACUCGCGGCCGACGGAGGGGGAGACUCGCGGCCGACGGGGGAAAGUCCGCACCGAGGGGGGGGGAGACUCGCGGCCGACGGGGGGGAGACUCGCGGCCGACGGGGGGGGAGACUCGCGGCCGACGGGGGGGAGACUCGCGGCCGACGGGGGGGGAGACUCGCGGCCGACGGGGGGGGAGACUCGCGGCCGACGGGGGGGGAGACUCGCGGCCGACGGGGGGGAGACUCGCGGCCGACGGGGGGGAGACUCGCGGCCGACGGGGGGGGAGACUCGCCGCGAGUCUCCCGUCCGCCACCCCGUCCGCCACCCCGCGGCCGACGGGGGGGAAGCGGCGGCAGACGGGGGGGAAGCGGCGGCAGACGGGGGGAACCGGCGGCAGACGGGGGGAACCGGCGGCAGACGGGAGACUCGCGGCGGACGGGAGACUCGCGGCGGACGGGGGGGGAGAGACUCGCGGCGGACGGAGUGGCGGACGGGAGACUCACGACGGACGGGGGGGGGAGACUCGCGGGGGAUGGGGGUAUGGGAGUUUCUAUUGUCCCAUGCAUUCACACGGCAGCAGCACAGCUCCCUGUGUCACAUCAUUGCAUCCUGCAGUUAG